UUCCGCGGGCACCCAACCGUGCGUCCCCUGCGUGCUGACGUCAGGCGCGUGCCCCUGUCCGGCAGCCGAGGAGGCCCCGCGCAGUGCUGCCAACGCCCCGACGGAGAAGCUGAGGUCAACAUCUAAUUUGAAAUAUUAAAAGUGGAUACAAAACUAUUUCCGCAAUGCAGACAAUUAAGUGUGUUGUUGUUGGUGAUGGUGCUGUUGGUAAAACAUGUCUCCUGAUAUCCUAUACAACAAACAAAUUUCCAUCGGAAUAUGUACCAACUGUUUUCGACAACUAUGCAGUUACAGUUAUGAUUGGUGGAGAGCCAUAUACUCUUGGACUUUUUGAUACUGCAGGGCAAGAGGAUUAUGACAGAUUACGACCGCUGAGUUAUCCACAAACAGACGUUUUUCUAGUAUGUUUUUCAGUGGUUUCUCCAUCCUCAUUUGAAAAUGUGAAAGAAAAGUGGGUGCCUGAGAUAACUCACCACUGUCCAAAGACUCCUUUCUUGCUUGUUGGGACCCAAAUUGAUCUCAGAGAUGAUCCCUCUACUAUUGAGAAACUUGCCAAGAACAAACAGAAGCCUAUCACUCCAGAGACUGCUGAAAAGCUGGCCCGGGAUUUGAAGGCUGUCAAGUAUGUGGAAUGCUCUGCUCUCACACAGAGAGGUCUGAAGAAUGUGUUUGAUGAGGCUAUCCUAGCUGCCCUCGAGCCUCCGGAAACUCAACCCAAAAGGAAGUGCUGUAUAUUCUAAACUGUUUUCUCCUCCCCCUCUUUGCUGCUGCUUCCUGUCCCACUACUGUAGAAAGAUCAUUUAAAACAAAGGAAUAAAACCAGUCUGUUUGAAAGCCUCUGCGUCUUCUUACUCAACACAUUAGCGCAAACUCUGUAUUCAUUUUUGAUCAUGAAUGCAAAAAUCUUAGAAUAUUUUUUGUGAUCAGUUGUCACAUUAGACUUGUUUAAUUUUCUGCUGCUUGAGUUGCCUGAUGCUCAGAGCUUUUGUUUUGAAUUAUUACUGCAAAAAGGAAUGUGGUCUGGCAUUAAGAAUGAUGUCUUGGAGAAAAUAAGAGUUUUAACACUUCUAGAUGUUAGUUCUAGAUGGAGAAAGUGUCGCUAAACAUCGUUUUACUCAGUAAUUACUGAUUGUUAAUUGUAAUUGCAUGACAAACUAUGAAAAGGUUGACUUGCUAGUAGAGUGUAUUGGGGAAGGGAGGAUUCUCCUGUGGUUUUUCUGUGUGCAGUGAAACAUUGUGCUGCUCUUGCUUUGGCUGUUUGUGCUGUAGGUGGUGUUUGUCAUUCUGGGAUGGGGAAGGUAUUCAUGUAUCUGCUACUGCUAUGAGUUCAUUGUUGUUAUACAUUAUCUCCUAAUCCUAGCAUCCAUUUAACAAUUAACUUAAGGUUUGCUGAUAUUGAAAUGUAUAGCUACUGCCUUUAUAUUUUCCUGCUUUUGAUUUUAUUGUUGUGAGGGAAACAUACAAUUGUGGUUAUCUUUACAUUUUGAAAUUAAAAAUAUACAAUUGUUUGUAUAAAUGCCUGGUGAAGCUUUAUUCCUAUUAUAUUGACUGGCUCUAACUUCACUUUUCUAUCAGGUACUCACCUCUGUCUGCUUCCUUGAAUCUCCUUGGCUCUGUCUAAUUAAUUAAUGGGAUAAAGGGAGUUCAGAGUGUAUAUAUUAUAGCUGCCAUACCCUUGUGCUGCCUACCCCUGCCUUCCAUAUAACAUGGAUGCCACUGCCCAAAGUGUAUUCUCUGUUUACAUGCUGCUGCUCCAUUUGAAUGCAGAGCUGCUUUCCUUGUUCCUUCAUAUACUAUUCUAGCAUUACAUCACAAAACUCAUCGAAUGAUCAAAUGACACGUGCUUGUUUGCUUCUUGUGUGUGUGUGUAUAUGUGUAGGUUAUAUAAGAUUUGCAAAAAUUUAUCUCAGAACUACUCACAAGUAUCUGCUUCUAUGCCAGCAUUGCUGAAUCUCUCCUGUACUCUGACGAGACAGUUGGGUGAGGCAAGAUUGUUAGGUCAAGUUGUAGGGUUAUUAAUGUUUCUUUGUUUGCCCACUGUCUUUGGGGUUUGACUGUUGUAAACAUGAACUCCAGCUCUGUUGUUAUACUGAAAAUCAGAUUGCCCAUUUUUUUCUUUCUUACCCCUUUUCAGAAAGGCCUAAAGAAUGUGUUUGAUGAAGCAAUAUUGGCUGCCCUGGAGCCUCCAGAACCGAAGAAGAGCCGCAGGUGUGUGCUGCUAUGAACGCCUCUCCAGA